AUGGAUUAUUCAAAUCGUAUAGGAUCUAAGAAAGGUGGUGGUGGGAUGGCCUCAUCGUCCAUACAAAAUUUACAAACAAAAAAACAAGUGGAUGAUUUAUUAAUUGGCGAAAGAAUACCCUUCAUAACAGAAUACCAAGCAGAUCAUAAUAAUGAUGAACAACUCCAACAACAAGAUACCGAACUAGAUAGAAAAAAUCCAUACAUAUACAAAAAUAGAAGUGGGAAAUUAGUCUGUAAACUAUGUAAUACUAUGCACAUGUCUUGGACAUCCGUAGAGAGACAUUUAAAGGGGAAAAAACAUGGAUUGAGUUUACUAAUUAGAAGCAAGAAUAGUGGUAAUAAAGGCAACCAUGCUAAUAAAGAAUUGUCGAGGGAGGAGAAAAAAGAACAAAAGUUGACUGCCAAACUUGAAAAUAUACGAAACAACGAAAUAAAUAUCAAAAGAGAACCUUUAAAUGAAAAGGAUUGGAACUUGGUGUAUGUGAAAAAUGACCAAGGUGAUCUUGGGGUCUUGAUAAAGGUUAAUUACGGGGUAAAUCAAGGUAUUUGGAAUGAUAACACACCACCAUUUAUAAGACUAGUUGAUAAACUAGAAAUUGAACAGAAUCAUGAAGACAAUGAAAACUGCAAUAAAGACAUAGACCAAAAUUACUUGGUGAUUUCUUUCCCACCAUUUGAAAAUAUCGCAGUUGGAAUACCAAGUAAAUUGAAGUUAAAAUAUAAUAAUUACAAUAAUGAUACUCGUAAUGAUGGUGCUUUAAAAAUCUUUAUUGAUGAUUUGAAUAACCAAUGCUGUUAUUGGGACCGAGAUAACGGUCAAUUUUUUGUACAAGUAUUUUUCCAAUAA